AUGAUUCUCCCUAAAGGCGGCGUGACCUGGAAGUCCGCCAAAGCCAGAUUACCGCCAUGGAAAGCUGUAUUAAUGUUCUUGACGCGCACACGAUUCCUGGUCGCGGUCGCCUUGACCGGCCUGAUUGUCUUAUUAUGGAGGGGGAUCAGUGUAUCAACACGAGAAAUGUCAAAUUUUUACUGCUUUGGUCCUUCAAAGCCGCCCAUGCAGAUGUCGACUAAUGAGAUGGUCGCUUGGAACCAGCACUUACAAACACCCGUGCUGUUCAACCAUCACGAACCCUACGAGGUCAAUUCCAGCACGAUCCAACUCGUCGACCUCAACCCCAUCGUCUCGACAUCGCGAGCCGUCAGCAACCGAGAACGAGUCCUCCUCCUCACCCCCCUUCGGGACGCUGCGCCCUACCUGAUCAAGUACUUCGAUCUGCUCUCUGAACUUACUUACCCGCACGACCUGAUCGACCUUGCGUUCCUUGUCGGCGACUCGACCGAUGACACUUUGGCUGUUCUUUCUUCCGAGUUGAACAGGAUCCAGCAAAGGACGGACAAGAUCCCGUUCCACAGCGUGACCAUCGUGGAGAAAGACUUUGGUUCAGCAGGUUUCAACAUGGACGUCGAGUCGAGACACGGUUUCGCGGCGCAGGGACCUCGACGGAAAGCCAUGGGUCGGGCGCGGAACUACUUGUUGUAUUCGGCACUGAAGCCCGAACAUGCCUGGGUAUACUGGCGCGAUGUGGAUAUCGUGGACAGCCCGAAAAAGAUCAUUGAGGAUUUCGUCGCGCACGACAGAGACGUUUUGGUGCCAAAUAUCUGGUUCCACCGCUACGAAAAUGGUCGCGACAUCGAGGGUCGAUUUGAUUAUAACUCGUGGAUCGAGUCUGACAAGGGCCGCCGUCUGUCCAACAGUCUGGACAAGGACAUCGUCCUAGCCGAGGGAUAUAAAGAGUACGACACGGGACGAACGUACAUGGCUAGAAUGGGCGAUUGGAGAAACAACAAAGACGAAGAGAUAGAGUUGGAUGGAAUUGGCGGUGUGAAUAUCUUGGUCAAAGCCGAUGUGCACAGAUCUGGCAUCAACUUCCCCAGCUAUGCGUUUGAGAAUCAAGCCGAAACAGAGGGGUUCGCCAAAAUGGCUAAACGGGCGGGAUAUCAAGUCGUUGGACUGCCGAAUUAUGUGGUUUGGCAUAUUGAUACGGAAGAAAAGCCGGGGAAUGCGGGAUAA